UACGUGAUAGCGAGCGAGCGCUUCCAGCAUCACUCACCCAAUCUCUCUCCCUCUCCCUCUCCCUCUCCCUCGAUCGAACGAUCGCCAUGGGCGAUGCUGCUGACGCUGGCAUGGACGCUGUCCAGAGACGCCUCAUGUUCGACGACGAAUGCAUCUUGGUGGAUGAGAACGACAACGUCGUUGGUCACGAGUCCAAAUACAACUGUCAUUUGAUGGAGAAAAUCGAGUCUGAGAAUCUGUUGCAUAGAGCCUUUAGUGUGUUUUUGUUCAACUCAAAGUAUGAGCUACUGCUUCAGCAACGCUCUGCCACAAAGGUAACUUUCCCCCUUGUGUGGACAAACACCUGCUGCAGCCAUCCCUUGUACCGGGAGUCCGAGCUUAUUGCUGAGAACGCCCUUGGGGCGAGGAAUGCUGCACAGAGGAAGCUCUUGGACGAACUGGGCAUUCCUGCUGAAGAUGUGCCGGUUGAUGAAUUUAUUCCUCUGGGUCGAAUACUGUAUAAGGCACCUUCUGAUGGGAAGUGGGGAGAGCAUGAACUUGACUACUUGCUGUUCAUUGUUCGAGACGUGAAGGUCAAUCCCAACCCUGAUGAGGUCGCGGAUAUCAAGUACGUGAACCGGGAGCAGCUGAAGGAGCUGUUGAGGAAAGCCGAUGCAGGUGAGGGUGGUCUGAAGCUGUCGCCCUGGUUCAGAUUAGUGGUGGACAAUUUCUUGUUCAAGUGGUGGGAUCAUGUGGAGAAGGGGACGCUGAAGGAAGCAGCUGAUAUGAAAACCAUUCACAAGCUAACCUGAGAUUCGUGUGUAGUAGCAGCAGCUUAAUAAGGACUUAGAUUGGGAACUAAGUCCUUAUGCAUAUCGAGAUGAUUGCUACCAUAUCGAAACAUUUAGUAGUCUCUGCGCGCUUGUAGACGGACGCGUUGCAGUUGUGCCUUGCUUGAUGGUUCAAUCAUGAAAAUCAGGAGUUCCUGAA